GCGAAAUCCUUUUGGAAACAGACUGAAUCCUACAGAAUGAAAGAGAAACGGCAAACCAAACCUCACAGAGGUUCUCCUUGAAAGAUGAAAAAUUAACUAGGCAUUGUCGGGGGUGGGAAUGUGGAUGGCGGCGCUGGACGCCCCGUCUUCAGCCUCCCGACACUUUCCUUCUCCAAAGCCAUUUUAGUCAAAGGUCAUGUGUGUGUCUUGUCAAAGGCCAGCUUCCAAUGGAAUCAUUGUCCCCCGGGACAGCGGCCCCCUGACUACAUCUGCACUGGAGAAAUCCCAAAAGCAAACGGCCAGUGCAAACAAGAGCAGUCCGCAGCAGCCGUCCCGAGCACAGCUCCCAGGUCGCGGGGCUGCAGCCCAGGCCGCGUCCGCAGCGCCCGGGCAGGAACAGACGCCGAGACUCCCGCAGCAUGACCCGCCACGCCGAUCGGAUAAUAUCCCUGUUCACUUUUGCCGUUGGAAUCAAUAUCUGCUUAGGAUUCACUGCACAUCGAAUUAAGAGAGCAGAAGGAUGGGAGGAAGGUCCUCCUACAGUGCUAUCAGACUCCCCCUGGACCAACAUCUCCGGAUCUUGCAAGGGCAGGUGCUUUGAACUUCAAGAGGCUGGACCUCCUGAUUGUCGCUGUGACAACUUGUGUAAGAGCUAUACCAGUUGCUGCCAUGACUUUGAUGAGCUGUGUUUGAAGACAGCCCGUGGCUGGGAGUGUACUAAGGACAGAUGUGGAGAAGUCAGAAAUGAAGAAAAUGCCUGUCACUGCUCAGAGGACUGCUUGGCCAGGGGAGACUGCUGUACCAAUUACCAAGUGGUUUGCAAAGGAGAGUCGCAUUGGGUUGAUGAUGACUGUGAGGAAAUAAAGGCUGCAGAAUGCCCUGCAGGGUUUGUUCGCCCUCCAUUAAUCAUCUUCUCCGUGGACGGCUUCCGUGCAUCAUACAUGAAGAAAGGCAGCAAAGUCAUGCCUAAUAUUGAAAAACUAAGGUCUUGUGGCACACACUCUCCCUACAUGAGGCCGGUGUACCCAACUAAAACCUUUCCUAACUUAUACACUUUGGCCACUGGGCUAUAUCCAGAAUCACAUGGAAUUGUUGGCAAUUCAAUGUAUGAUCCUGUAUUUGAUGCCACUUUUCAUCUGCGAGGGCGAGAGAAAUUUAAUCAUAGAUGGUGGGGAGGUCAACCGCUAUGGAUUACAGCCACCAAGCAAGGGGUGAAAGCUGGAACAUUCUUUUGGUCUGUUGUCAUCCCUCACGAGCGGAGAAUAUUAACCAUAUUGCAGUGGCUCACCCUGCCAGACAAUGAGAGGCCUUCGGUCUAUGCCUUCUAUUCUGAGCAACCUGAUUUCUCUGGACACAAAUAUGGCCCUUUCGGCCCUGAGGAGAGUAGUUAUGGCUCACCUUUUACUCCGGCUAAGAGACCUAAGAGGAAAGUUGCCCCUAAGAGGAGACAGGAAAGACCAGUUGCUCCUCCAAAGAAAAGAAGAAGAAAAAUACAUAGGAUGGAUCAUUAUGCUGCGGAAACUCGUCAGGACAAAAUGACAAAUCCUCUGAGGGAAAUCGACAAAAUUGUGGGGCAAUUAAUGGAUGGACUGAAACAACUAAAACUGCAUCGGUGUGUCAAUGUCAUCUUUGUCGGAGACCAUGGAAUGGAAGAUGUCACGUGUGAUAGAACUGAGUUCUUGAGUAAUUACCUAACUAAUGUGGAUGAUAUUACUUUAGUGCCUGGAACUCUAGGAAGAAUUCGAUCCAAAUUUAGCAACAAUGCUAAAUAUGACCCCAAAGCCAUUAUUGCCAAUCUCACGUGUAAAAAACCAGAUCAGCACUUUAAGCCUUACUUGAAACAGCACCUUCCCAAACGUUUGCACUAUGCCAACAACAGAAGAAUUGAGGAUAUCCAUUUAUUGGUGGAACGCAGAUGGCAUGUUGCAAGGAAACCUUUGGAUGUUUAUAAGAAACCAUCAGGAAAAUGCUUUUUCCAGGGAGAUCACGGAUUUGAUAACAAGGUCAACAGCAUGCAGACUGUUUUUGUAGGUUAUGGCCCAACAUUUAAGUACAAGACUAAAGUGCCUCCAUUCGAAAACAUUGAACUUUACAAUGUUAUGUGUGAUCUCCUGGGAUUGAAGCCAGCUCCUAAUAAUGGGACCCAUGGAAGUUUGAAUCAUCUCCUGCGCACUAAUACCUUCAGGCCAACCAUGCCAGAGGAAGUUACCAGACCCAGUUAUCCAGGGAUUAUGUACCUUCAGUCUGAUUUUGACCUGGGCUGCACUUGUGAUGAUAAGGUAGAGCCAAAGAACAAGUUGGAUGAACUCAACAAACGGCUUCAUACAAAAGGGUCUACAGAAGCUGAAACCAGGAAAUUCAGAGGCAGCAGAAAUGAAAACAAGGAAAACAUUAAUGGAAAUUUUGAACCUAGGAAAGAGAGACACCUCCUCUAUGGGCGACCUGCAGUGCUUUAUCGGACUAGAUAUGAUAUCUUAUAUCACACUGACUUUGAAAGUGGUUAUAGUCAAAUAUUCCUAAUGCCACUCUGGACAUCAUAUACUGUUUCCAAACAGGCUGAGGUUUCCAGCAUUCCUGACCAUCUGACCAGUUGCGUCCGGCCUGAUGUCCGUGUUUCUCCGAGUUUCAGUCAGAACUGUUUGGCCUACAAAAAUGAUAAGCAGAUGUCCUACGGAUUCCUCUUUCCUCCUUAUCUGAGCUCUUCACCAGAGGCUAAAUAUGAUGCAUUCCUUGUAACCAAUAUGGUUCCAAUGUAUCCUGCCUUCAAACGGGUCUGGAAUUAUUUCCAAAGGGUAUUGGUGAAGAAAUAUGCUUCGGAAAGAAAUGGAGUUAACGUGAUAAGUGGACCAAUCUUCGACUAUGACUAUGAUGGCUUACAUGACACAGAGGACAAAAUAAAACAGUACGUGGAAGGCAGUUCCAUUCCUGUUCCAACUCACUACUACAGCAUCAUCACCAGCUGUCUGGAUUUCACUCAGCCUGCCGACAAGUGUGACGGCCCUCUCUCUGUGUCCUCCUUCAUCCUGCCUCACCGGCCUGACAACGAGGAGAGCUGCAAUAGCUCAGAGGACGAAUCAAAAUGGGUAGAAGAACUCAUGAAGAUGCACACAGCUCGGGUGCGUGACAUUGAACAUCUCACCAGCCUGGACUUCUUCCGAAAGACCAGCCGCAGCUACCCAGAAAUCCUGACACUCAAGACAUACCUGCAUACAUAUGAGAGCGAGAUUUAACUUUCUGAGCAUCUGCAGUACAGUCUUAUCAACUGGUUGUAUAUUUUUAUAUUGUUUUUGUAUUUAUUAAUUUGAAACCAGGACAUUAAAAAUGUUAGUAUUUUAAUCCUGUACCAAAUCGGACAUAUUAUGCCUGAAUGACUCCACUGUUUUUCUCUAAUGCUUGAUUUAGGUAGCCUUGUGUUCUGAGUAGAGCUUGUAAUAAAUACUGCAGCUUGAGUUUUUAGUGGAAGCUUCUAAAUGGUGCUGCAGAUUUGAUAUUUGCAUUGAGGAAAUAUUAAUUUUCCAAUGCACAGUUGCCACAUUUAGUUCUGUACUGUAUGGAAACACUGAUUUUGUAAAGUUGCCUUUAUUUGCUGUUAACUGUUAACUAUGACAGAUAUAUUUAAGCCUUAUAAACCAAUCUUAAACAUAAUAAAUCACACAUUCAGUUUU